AGUGUGUAUUUAGUUGAGUUCGAAUUCAUCCCCUUGAUUUUAGUAGGCAAGUUGGGUGCAAGUCCAUAUUGUGUCAUUUAGAAGUUAUAUUUUUACAUUUCUACUCUCUUUUUUAUUGUUAACAACAGAAAAAAAAGAAAAAGAAAAAGGAAACGUGUCAAAGAAUAGGAAAGCAAUAUAUACAAGCUUUCUCCAAUCAGACAAAAAAAGUUCAUGUCUUCUUCCUCUUCCAUUUUCUCAAAUUGAAACAUUAAAACUUUUACGAAUGUUAUUUAUGAUUGCUAUUGCAUGCACUAGAUGAUGAAUUUUAGUUAUUAAAAAAAUUGUUUUAUGGUGUCAAGUCAUGGAAAUUUUUUAUAUAAAAUUAUUUCAUAUUAGAGUUAGGGUUCUUGUUUACGUUUCGCACAAAACUCUCGAAAUCUCAGGACUGGUCACACCAAAAAAUUAUCCAUACUAUACACACACAUAAGAGUAAGACACAUUUUGACCCCAAAAAAAAAAAAAAAAAAAAAAGAGUAAGACACAUCAUAUCAUGAUCUCAAAAAUAAAUUCCAAAAUAAGUGCUUAAAUCCCUGUGGUUAGUGUACGUUAGAUUAUACAUCUCUACGUUGAGAUAGACAGCCGUUAGACGGCCAUUAGCUGACACUCUAUCUAACAUAAACGUCCCUGGACUUGUCAUCAUUUACAGAAAUGCCACAAAAUCCCUAAUGUACCGUCCUCUCUGCAAUAAGAGGGAGUGAGGGCUCUACUGACAUCUCUCUCUUCUCUCAUGACUUUACCAAAUCUUACUUCUAUAAUUGUUAUAAUUGCGACAUCUGUGACCAAAAUUAUAUAUAAAUGGCACCAAAAAAAUAGACAAACCCACAACAUCCACAUUGGUCUCAUCAUCUCUAUUUUUGCCUUAACGAGUGCCCCUCCUUGUUUUCUACGCCGUUUGUUUUCAAUUUCCAAUAUCCCCAACUCAUCUUCUCACUGUUUAGUGCCUCUAAACUUUCUGGCUCUCUCGAGUGGUAAGCUUACACUUAUUUGGAAAGUUAUUUUACUGACUUUCAAUUUAAUCAUUUUUAUAAGCAAAGAAGCAAAGAAAAGGUAAAAUCCAGUUGGAUUUUGUAUAAAUUCUCUCUGAAUUUCAUAAAUGCCCAAGAUUUCUUGCUUAAAAUGAAUGUAUGAGUAUAAAUAUCAAGGUUGGAUUGGAUUUGGCUGAGUUGGGAGAAGCAGAUGCAGAUUUUGGGUCGGUUUUGCUUGUUGGUUGUGUUUUGCUCUGUUUUUUAGAGGGUUUUGCAGAUUUUCUUGGGGAUUUUGGACAUGGAGUGUGCUUCAUGUAUCAAGCUUUUGAGUCAGGGGAGUGAUUUUGGAUGUGGGUUUUUUAUGUUUGGCCGUUUCUCACUAGUUUUCAAGCUGUUGGGGCUGUUCUUGGUGUUUGUGUUGGGGUUAAAGGUUUUGCAAGUUGGCUGUCAUGCCAAGUGUUUGAUAGAAUUUUUAUGUGAUUUUAGAGGGAAAGCAAGUGAAGUGAGAAAUGGGUUUUGUUCAAAACGUGGUUUUGAUGAAGUUUAUGCUCCAAAAUCGUUGGAGAAUUCACAACCACUGAAUGCAGAUGGCUUCGCCUUCAGCAAAAAAAUCAAGGCCAAAGCUGCUGCAGAAGAUGAAGCUGAUGAUGUUGAUGAUGAUGCUGCUGCUGCUGAUGAUGAUGAUGAUGGUGAUAAGGAGGAAAGUAUUUGUUGCAAUGAGGACGGAGAAUUUGAUGCUUUGGCAUUGAGAAAAUCAGUAAAGAUCGAGCGGCGAAAAACAAACAAGGCUCGUGUCGAGCUCGAGAAGGAAAGGAUGGCAGCAGCAUCUGCAGCUGAGGAAACAAUGGCCAUGAUCUUGCGUCUUCAAAAUGAGAAAAGCUGUAUUGAAAUCCAAGCCAAUCAGUACCGUCGGAUGGCUGAACAGAAGCAGCAGUUUGAUGAAGAAGUGAUUCAAUCGUUACAGUGGAUUAUAAUGAGGCACGAAUCCGAGAGGAGUCUAUUGCAAGAGCAACUGACGCUGUGCAAACAAAAGCUGCAACAAUAUGCUGAGGUUGACGAAAGGCGUCAACCCGAAGAUGGCAAUCCAAGUGCAAACGAUGGCAUGGAUGACAUGUUUGACGUCGAUUCAUGGGAGAGACCACAAAACCACAUUGUAGAUUCGAAUCUUUAAUAAAAAGAGGACUAACUUAUUACUUGGAAGUCCUGGAUAACCGAGAUGAUGCGCUCGAUGUGAAUAUAUGUUAAGCUAGUGAAUAAAUAUGAUCUAUGAUGUGGUUCGUAAAUUUAGUA